UUAAUUUUCGCUCUCCAAAACACAAACAAACUUGCCGAUCUUCUUGAUAAGUGUUAUCGCUAUAUUAUUCUAUUUUUUCGAUUAAAUUUCGUUUUUUUAAACUGCCAGAAACCACAAAAAUGUUACAACCGAAAGUUCUCACAUCGGUUUUGGGCCAGGCAAAUACGGGUGGCGUCGAAAACACCAUAUUAUUGACCCACGAGGGGGCACUGCUGGCUUUCUCCGGUUACGGAGAUCGCGAUGCCACCAUAACGGCCGCCAUCGCCAGCAACGUGUGGUCGGCGUACGAAAAGAACGGGCGCAACGCCUUCCGGGAGGAUCGGCUGCAGUAUGUAUUCCUCCAGUGCGAAAAUGGAAACGUUGUCAUCACCCAGGUCGCCAAUUUGCUGCUCUGUCUGUACGCACGGGAAAACGUCGGCUUGGGAAUCCUGAAGGAGAAAGCACAAGCCCUGGUUAAUUAUCUGGAGGGACCACUGAAAGAAAUAGCUACGUCAUAGGUUUGUUAAGUUUUUAUUAUUUGAGGGGGUGUUUCUGGGGAUUCUAUAAAAAUAUACAGAUGCGAAUUUA